AUGGGCAAGAUCGAGAACAACGAGAGGGUGAUCCUCAAUGUCGGGGGCACCCGGCACGAAACCUACCGCAGCACCCUCAAGACCCUGCCCGGGACGCGCCUGGCCCUUCUCGCCGCCUCCGAGCCCCAGGGCGACUGCCUGAAGGCGGCGGGCGACAAGCUGCAGCCGUCGCCCCCUCCGUUCUCGCCGCCGCCGCCGCGACCGCCCCCGCUGUCCCCUGGGCCGGGCGGCUGCUUCGAGGGCGGCGCGGGCAACUGCAGCGCCCGCGGCGGCGGCGACCACCCCCGGGGCAGCCGCGAGUUCUUCUUCGACCGGCACCCGGGCGUCUUCGCCUAUGUGCUCAACUACUACCGCACCGGCAAGCUGCACUGCCCCGCCGACGUGUGCGGGCCGCUGUUCGAGGAGGAGCUGGCCUUCUGGGGCAUCGACGAGACCGACGUGGAGCCCUGCUGCUGGAUGACUUACCGGCAACACCGCGACGCCGAAGAGGCGCUCGACAUCUUCGAGACCCCCGACCUCAUCGGCGGCGACCCUGGCGACGACGAGGACCUGGCGGCCAAGAGGCUGGGCAUCGAGGACGCCGCGGGCCUGGGGGGCCCCGACGGCAAGUCCGGCCGCUGGAGGAGGCUGCAGCCCCGCAUGUGGGCCCUCUUUGAGGACCCCUACUCGUCCAGAGCCGCCAGGUUUAUUGCUUUUGCUUCUUUAUUCUUCAUCCUGGUUUCAAUCACAACUUUUUGCCUGGAGACACAUGAAGCUUUCAAUAUUGUUAAAAACAAGACAGAACCAGUCAUCAAUGGCACAAGUGUCGUUCUACAGUAUGAAAUCGAAACGGAUCCUGCCUUGACUUAUGUAGAAGGAGUGUGCGUGGUAUGGUUUACUUUUGAAUUUUUAGUCCGUAUUGUUUUUUCCCCCAAUAAACUUGAAUUCAUCAAAAACCUCUUGAAUAUCAUUGACUUUGUGGCCAUCCUACCCUUCUACUUAGAGGUGGGACUCAGUGGGCUGUCAUCCAAAGCUGCUAAAGAUGUACUUGGCUUCCUCAGGGUUGUCAGGUUUGUGAGGAUCCUGAGAAUCUUCAAGCUUACCCGCCAUUUUGUAGGUCUGAGGGUGCUUGGACACACUCUUCGAGCAAGUACUAAUGAAUUUUUGCUGCUGAUCAUCUUCCUGGCUCUAGGAGUUUUGAUAUUUGCUACUAUGAUCUACUAUGCGGAGAGAGUAGGAGCUCAACCCAAUGACCCUUCAGCUAGUGAGCACACGCAGUUCAAAAACAUUCCUAUUGGGUUCUGGUGGGCUGUAGUGACCAUGACUACCUUGGGCUAUGGAGAUAUGUACCCCCAAACGUGGUCAGGGAUGCUUGUGGGAGCCCUGUGUGCUCUGGCUGGAGUACUGACAAUAGCCAUGCCAGUGCCUGUCAUUGUCAACAAUUUUGGAAUGUACUACUCCUUGGCAAUGGCGAAGCAGAAACUUCCAAGAAAAAGAAAGAAGCACAUCCCUCCUGCCCCUCAGGCAACCUCGCCUACUUUUUGCAAGACAGAAUUAAAUAUGGCCUGUAAUAGCACACAGGGUGACACAUGUCUGGGCAAAGACAAUCGGCUUCUGGAACAUAACAGAUCAGUGUUAUCAGGUGACGACAGUACAGGAAGUGAGCCGCCAUUAUCACCCCCAGAAAGGCUCCCCAUCAGACGCUCUAGUACCAGAGACAAACACAGAAGAGGGGAAACAUGUUUCCUACUGACGACAGGUGAUUACACGUGUGCUUCUGAUGGAGGGAUCAGGAAAGAUAACUGCAAAGAGGUUGUCAUUACUGGUUACACGCAAGCUGAGGCCAGAUCUCUUACUUAAUGGCUUGGGGAAGGCACAAAACAUGAGAGAAAGGUAACUGCCAGCCAGGCUUGCAUUGUUUAGAUAGGAAUUGCUGCUUGGUACUAGAGUCAUAUAUAUUUUUUUAAUCCCAGAAUUUGUCAUCAUUUUUAGAGGCAGAGUGCCAAGUAUCAUUCAAAGCUCUUUUCAUUUUUACCCCCUUCCUUUAUUUUAAUUAUUAAUUUUUUUGCAAACAACAAGGAGCAUUGUUGUUCACAGGAAGCUUUCUUGACCAGCCUUAAAUUUCUGACUCACAGGAUUAAUCAGAUUUCCAGGCAGUAUUUAAUCAGGUGCUUUGUCCUGUAUGUUGUUCUGUCCGUUUGUCUUAGCUCCCUGUCUUAAGUGUAUAUGCCAUCUGUCUCCAUGAAGCACAGAAAUGCCUUGAUAAGGUGUUCAUGAUUUUAAUACUGGGUCUUCUCCCCUGCCCCUUGCCUUCUUUGUUACUUGGAACAAGACUCUCUGCUUGUUCACUCCAAUGAAACCCCCAGGGUGUCUUAUUCAGUCCAAGUGGAAGAAAUUCUGUUUACACACCCCUACAAAUGCAAUAGCAGUAGUGUGUCUGGUGUACUGGGCAUGAGAGGGAGGAAAAAUGUUAUACUAUAAAUUGAGAGAUAAACAAUAUUUCUAAGGCAUUUAGGAUCCUAGAGACUGCUAAUUCCUAAUGCUCAUGUUUAUUUUCAGUUAGGAAGACAAUUGUCACUUUUAUGAUUGGCCACAUAACAAGUACUACUUUAUAUUCCCAAGUCCUAGAGCAUGACCUGCAUGUCAAAGACCUUGUACAGCAAUGUAUUUACCCAGAUAUAAA